AUACAAAAUCGAUUUAUAAUUUUUGUAAACAUGUCAGUGUUAAAAUACAUGUAAAAUUUUGUAAAUACCAAUGGAAAAUGCCUACAGAAAGCUCUCAGACCGAGGAAAGAACAACGCAGACAGCCUCAUCCGCUGGAUGAAAGAAGCUAAAAUUAUCAAAAACAAAAGAGCAGAGAAGAAAUGCAGGAGACUGCUGAAAGACGCAAGAAACGGCCGCAUAGAGCUGCACCAAUUCAACGAGAUAUUAGCACAAACGGCCCAGGAGUUCCAGCAGGACCCGGAGCUGUACCGGCAGCGGCUGCUGGAGACCAGCGAGCGGUUUCUGAACGCGCUGCGGGCCGGGGCUGCGGCCUUCCAGGUCUAUCAGGAGGAGCAUUCUGAUGAGGAGGAAGAGAGCGAAAGGACGCAAGCUAAGAGAGAGAGUUAAGGUGGGGUGGAAUAAAUGGUGUGUGUAAUUUUGUC